ACAUACAUACAUAUUUUCGAUCUAGCUAUCAUAUCGAUCCAUCGCGCGUUAUGGUUAUGGGGUGGUGGUCGUCGUCGGCGGCGAUGUGGCUGCUCGCUGUAGCUGUCGCAUUCGCAUUGGCAUUGAGGGCGGAGGCGCUGGCGGCCAACUGGGGCACGCGGGUGCUGCACCCGCUCCCCGGCGACAUCACCGUGCAGCUGCUCAAGGACAACGGCUUCGACAAGGUGAAGCUCUUCGAGGCCGACCCUGCGGCGCUCAAGGCUCUGGGACACUCCGGCAUCCAGGUCAUGCUCGGCCUCCCCAACGAGCUGCUCGCCACCGUCGCCCGGGACGUCGCCGCCGCCGAGCAGUGGGUGCAGCACAACGUCUCUCACUACGUCUCCGACUACGGCGUAGACAUCCGGUUCGUGGCGGUGGGCAACGAGCCGUUCCUCAAGUCGUACAAGGGGCAGUUCGAGGCGGCGACGCUCCCGGCGACGCGCAACGUGCAGGCGGCGCUGGUCAAGGCCGGGCUGUCCCGGCAGGUGCGCGUCACCGUCCCGCUCAACGCCGACGUCUACGAAUCGCUGGACGGCCGCCCCUCGUCCGGCGACUUCCGGCCGGACAUCACGGGCCUCAUGACCAGCCUCGUCCGCUUCCUCCUCGACAGCGGCGGCGUCCUCGCCAUCAACAUCUACCCCUUCCUCUCCAUGGACGCGGACGCCAACUUCCCGCGCGACUACGCCUUCUUCCCGGCCCCAGGGGCGCCACCCUCCCAGGCCAGCGUGCAGGAUGGCAACGUGCUCUACACCAACGUCUUCGACGCCAACUACGACACGCUCGUCGCCGCGCUCGACAAGCACGGCCUGGGCAACAUCACCGUCGUCGUCGGCGAGAUCGGAUGGCCCACCGACGGCGACGCCAACGCCAACGCCGCCGCCGCGCAGAGGUUCAACCAGGGCCUCUUCGACCGCAUCCUCGCCGGCAAGGGCACCCCGCGCCGGCCCCAGAUGCCCGACGUCUACGUCUUCGCGCUGCUCGACGAGGACGCCAAGAGCGUCGACCCGGGCAACUUCGAGCGUCACUGGGGCGUCUUCAACUACGACGGCUCGCCCAAGUACGCGCUCCGCCUCGCCAACGGCCGCGGCGUCGUGCCGGCCAAGGGUGUCAGGUACCUCUCCAAGCAGUGGUGCGUGCUCCGGCCAGACGCCAGCCCCACCGACCCGGCCAUCGUCGGCGCCGUCGGGUACGCGUGCCAGUACGCCGACUGCACAAGCCUGAGCCCCGGGUCGUCGUGCGCCGGCCUCGACGUGCGGGGCAACGUGUCCUACGCCUUCAACCAGUUCUUCCAGUCCGCCAGCCAGCAGAAGGGGUCAUGCGGCUUCAACAACCUCUCCAUGGUCACCACCACCGACCCGUCGCAGGGCACAUGCCGCUUCAAGAUCAUGAUCGACACCGGACGACACGACCUCAGCCAUCAAGACGGCUCCGGCGCAGCAAGGGCCGCCGCCGCGUGGGGCGUCGUCGCCGCCGUGCUCGCGUUGCUCGCCAUCGUGGCGCUCUGACCCUAAACCCUCUCACCUCAUGACAUGAGGACCUCAACUUGUCCUUGUGUGAGUUGUACUACUUGUAGGCAUGAGAUGGAGAUAUAUCCAUGCAUCCAAGAGCAAACUUGUCCUUCCUUCCUUCCUUCCUAUGAUUCAUAGUAAGUUUGGAUUUGCAUA